AUGAGGCUCUUGAACCCCAACGAUUUCAAGAAUAAGGAUGUUGAUCCAACCAUGUCUGCCAUUGAUAUGUUAUCAGUGGCUGCUGAGGUUGCUGCUCGCAUAUAUGACCAAGAACAAAAAGGCUUGAAGCGAAGCCGUGGCGGGAGUAGUUUCCAACAGAAAAAGAAGUCUAAAAGGAAGGAAGAAAAACCCAAAACGGGAUCGAAGAGGUCGAAGCUGGACAUGCCAACCCUUCCAAACCCUCCGCCGGACUUGCCUGAGGAAUUCAGGAAUCGUAUCGAAGCAAUGGGUGGAAGGCAAGUGGUUUUGGUUAUACAAAAAGCCCUCUACGACACUGAUCUAAAGAAAAACAACAGCCGUUUAUCCAUACCUUUAAGACAGAUCGAGGGGGAUUUUUUGAGAGAUGAUGAGAGAGAAUCUCUCAUACAACAGAAUGAAAUGAAAGUUUCAUUUAUCGAGCCCUCGCAUAAGGUGAACAAUAUGAUUUUGAGGCAAUGGGACAUGCGCAAAGACUCCGGGAAAACAUGCUCACAAUACGUGUUGAGGACUUUUUGGAACGAGGUUUCCCAAGAGAAUGGACUCGGGCUGAAGGAUGUGGUCCAAGUUUGGUCUUUUCGGGUUGACAAUGAACAAAAACUCUGCCUGGCUCUUGUUGUGGUUAGCCGAUGUGGUGGCAACGAGGGAGAAAGUAGCAGCCAUGAAGCUAGAGAUGGAGAAGGAGUGGGGGUGUAG